AUGGCGGCUUCGGGACACGAGCAGCGCAAUAUCAGCAAUAGUCAGUUCGGCGACAACACUAGCAUCUACCAGGGCAAUGUCCACCUCCACCUGCCCCACCUGCCGGCCCAUGCCGAAGUUGUCCGUGUCAUUCCAUAUCCCCGCAACGAAGAUCUAGUCUAUCGUCAGGAUCUUAUCAAUAAGCUAGACAAGCUUUUACCACAAACGCCAGGGUUCUAUAGCGCUGCGCUUUGGGGCUUAGGAGGUUCAGGUAAAACACAGAUUGCGCUCGAUUAUGCGUAUCGACGGUGCGAUGAUAGUAAAUGCUGUGUCUUCUGGGUGCAUGCGGACAGCGAAGCGACUUUUAUAACUGACUAUAAGAUAAUUGGGAAGAAGCUUGGGGUUGACGAGAGGCUCAAUGGGUUAGAUCUACUUGAUGCGGUGCGCAGCAGCAUUGAAGCCCAGUCGCGAUGGGUAAUCAUCCUCGAUAAUGCUGAUAAUCUAGAGCUAUUUGGAGUGGGUUGCAUAGAAGGGACGAAUGAGAGUCUUUCUAGGUACAUCCCUCGAGGGUCACAAGGGACGAUAUUAUGGACGAGCCGUGAUGCGCAUAUCAGAGGCACGCUUGUCGGCCCGAGUCGAGACAUUAAGGUUCCACCCAUGACAAAGGAUGAGGCGACAACUCUUCUUGCAGCAGCUAGUGGUGAUAAGUCGGCUGUGGAAGAUGCAGGAAUCCAUCGGCUUCUAGAAGAGCUACAGCGACUUCCAUUGGCGGUCUCGCAGGCUGGAGCAUACAUACGGCGGACAUCAAUGACGAUCAGAGAAUACCUAGGCCUCCUAAUGCAAGGCUCGAGUCGAUGGGACCUGCUUAAGAUGAAUGAUUUUGAUCGGCAUCGGCGGCCGGAAGUGUCGAAUAGCGUGCUUGAGACGUGGAAGAUCUCGACAAAGCGAAUUCGAGAGGAAAGCGAGCUAUCAUACCGGAUUCUCCACGUGAUUGCGUACCUAGACAGCCAAGAUAUACCCUAUGAGUUGAUAGUGGCAGCUAGCCAGUAUGACGUUGGCGACGAGGAUAGGGCUGAGCAGGUUCCCGAGCUUGAGGUUCAGCGAGCCGUUAUGCGACUGGUGGAGUUUUCAUUUCUUGAUAUGCGUCGGGGAGAGGGAGGUUUACGGAACUAUGAGAUGCAUAAACUUGUACAGGAAGCAGUUCGAUACGGGCUGUGGGUUCAAGGGCAGAUAGAGAUGGCCUUAGGCAAGAUUAUAACUGGGCAGAACAGACCGGAGAAUGGAGAGGCAUACUACUCGAGUAUGGCUCUGCAGAUAGUGGAUGAUAUGUUUCCGGGAUCAGAGAAAAAUUCGUGGGCACGAUGCGAGAAGUAUAUGACUCAUGCUAUACGGGUAGGAGAGUGGGCAGAGGUCAGCAAGAAGGAGGUUAAAACAUCAACAUUACUCAGUAGAGUAUCGGUUUUUCUGUAUGAUCGAGGGCGGUGGAGAGAGAGGGAGCCAGUUGACCGGAGGGUAUUACAUCUCCGACGGGAGUUGCUUGGGGAGAAACAUCCAGAUACGAUCAGGAGUAUGGCGGACCUCGCAACAACAUACCAUGCACAGGGCCGAUAUGAUAAAGCUAAAGGGAUUUAUAAGCAGACAUUAGAUCUCCAACGGGAGGUGCUUGGGGAGAAACAUCCAGAUACGAUCAGGAGUAUGGCGAACCUCGCGGCAAUAUAUGGUACACAGGGCCGAUAUAAUAAGGCUGAAGGGAUUUAUAAGCAGACAUUAGAUCUCCAACGGGAGGUUCUUGGGGAGAAGCAUCCAGAUACAAUCAAGAGUAUGGCGGGUCUCGCGGCAACAUACCAUGCACAGGGCCGAUAUAAUGAGGCUGAAGGGAUAAAGAAGCAGGUAUUAGAUCUCCAACGGGAGGUGCUUGGGGAGAAACAUCCAGAUACGAUCUGGAGCAUAGCGGAUCUCGCGGCAACAUACAGUGCACAGGGCCGAUAUAAUGAGGCUGAAGGGAUUUAUAAGCAGACAUUAGAUCUCCAACGGGAGGUUCUUGGGGAGAAACAUCCAGAUACAAUCUGGAGCAUGGCGGACCUCGCGACGACAUACCAUGCACAGGGCCGAUAUAAUGAGGCUGAAGGGAUUUAUAAGCAGACAUUAGAUCUCCAACGGGAGGUGCUUGGGGAGAAACAUCCAGAUACGAUCAGGAGCAUGGCGGAUCUCGCGACGACAUACCAUGCACAGGGCCGAUAUAAUGAGGCUGAAGGGAUUUAUAAGCAGACAUUAGAUCUCCAACGGGAGGUUCUUGGGGAGAAGCAUCCAGAUACGAUCAGGAGCAUGGCGGAUCUCGCGGCAACAUACGGUGCACAGGGCUGA